AUGGAUCCAGUAACAGCAUCAGCACAUGUUCAUUCACUUCCUCCUCCUUUCCACACAAGGAAUUUCAAUUUGCAGCAGCAAUUUCAUCAUCAGGGCCAUAAUUCUGAAGAUGAGCAGAGUGAAACCAGUGGCCUAAACAUGGGACAGAUGCGAAAUCGCGAUGAAGGCAGGAAUGAAAACAACAUGAACUCUGGUGAGAGCGAAGAGGGCGGGGCCAUGGGAAUGGGAGGAGAGAUGACAAGAAGGCCUAGAGGUAGACCAGCUGGAUCCAAGAACAAGCCGAAGCCACCAAUCAUCAUCACGCGUGAUAGCGCUAAUGCGCUACGAACCCAUGUCAUGGAAAUUUCAGAUGGAUGCGAUAUCAUGGAGAGUGUUGCAAACUUUGCCAGGAAGCGCCAAAGAGGUGUGUGUAUCAUGAGUGGAAGUGGCAAUGUGACUAAUGUAACCCUAAGGCAACCGGCAGCUCCUGGCGCGGUCGUGACACUACAAGGAAGAUUCGAGAUCUUGUCCCUAGCCGGAUCUUUUCUUCCGCCGCCUGCUCCGCCUGAAGCCACUGGGUUGACUAUAUAUUUAGCGGGUGGACAAGGCCAGGUGGUGGGAGGUAGCGUUGUGGGCGCACUUUUGGCAUCGGGAUCUGUUAUAGUCAUGGCUGCCUCAUUCAGCAAUGCAGCAUAUGAAAGGCUCCCACUUGAAGAUGAAGAGAAUCCCAUCAAUCCAGUGCAAGGUGGCUCACUUGGAUCUCCCCCAGGUGGUGUUGGAGGGCGGCAGCAGCAGCAGCAACAACAAAUGAUGUCUGAUCCUUCUUUAUUUCAAGGGAUGCCACCAAAUCUCCUCAACUCAAUUCAGAUGCCUAAUGAGGCCUAUUGGGCUAGCGGCCGACCCCCAUUUUAG